CAUACACCCUCCUCGCCUUCCUCCCCCGCAAACCGGGCAUCACUCCAACCGCCUUCAAAUCCCACUACGAAAACCACCACAUGCCCCUCCUCAGAGAUAUUCUAGGCCCCGACCGCUUCCCUACCGUCCACAAACGAUACUACUUAUCCCGGGUCGAGGGGCCUCUCCAGGACGCCACAGGCAAAUCCACAAGCGAGACCACCGCUACUGACCCCCACCCCCCGACGAGGGAGUCAUCAUCCCCAGCACUGUAGCCGGGGAAUUCUCGUGGGAUUGCUGUGCGGAGGUCGUCUUUCGUGAUGAGGCACAAUACGAGGCGUUACAUGAGGCGUUGGCGGCGCAGGGAGAGCGGUUACGAGCGGAUGAAGAGUGAUUUAUGGAUUGGAGGAGGGUGAGAGUUGUUCGUUUUGGGGCGGGGGCGGAGGUUAGUUCUUUUGAUGGGUAGUGUUUUAUUUUAUUUGUAUUGGGACGUAGAGGAUUUGAG